AUGGCAAGCAAUCUUGCAAUUGCAACACUAUGGACAAUGACAUUUAUUUCUAUUGAAAGCAAGAACGACAAGUCCGAAGUGCAACUAAGUGACAAGAAAGGCCGUCUGAUUACAACUACUGUGUACAAAUAUGACAGAAGCCUGUUGUUCAACGCUGUUCGCAAACAGAUCUUUGGUAUUCUUGUUGCUGUCAUCAUGCAUUUCUUCCUCGGGUUGAAAGGGGCAAUGGUUACGCAAAGCAUUCUUCCAUUAAAGCUGGCUUUUCAGAACAAUUUAGUCAGGAUACAUGUGUUCCAGGGCGGUUCAAAGGACAACAUUAUUCGGCCUUUUAAGUAA